UCUAGAGAGAGUAUUUUCGCCGUGCGAUGACUUUGAUAGCGAGCUACAUAUUUUCAUGUUCUGUGUAUUGACAUGUCCAUAUAUCAAAUUCAUGGUGCAAAAUGCCAAGAUAUUUCCGGCUAUUCAAUGGCGACGAUUCGUCACUCAACACCGGUUACAUUGAUGAUGGUGCGGCAUGGGAGUCGGAAGGUGUCGGGAGCCUCGAAACAGAGGACCUUUCUUACGAACCAACGUCUAAUGGGGGCGCACUUCGAUUGACCACGAUCAGUGAAACGGAUGCUCAUGAAAGAGAUGGAGAGGAAAGGAAGAAUGACUGUGGUUUCUGUCAAUGGUAUGCCCAAUUUCUAAAUCGCUUUCCAGUCCUCUUCUGCUUGAUUCUGUUCGUCAUGACUGCCGGUGGGGGCGCUGCUGCAUUUGUUUUAUAUGACAUCCCAUCAUUUAGCGAACCAUUGAAGGGAUUCCAAGCUCGACAAACAGAGAUCAAUGACAGAACCUCAGCACUCAGUCACUUUCACCAGACCAGGAACGAUAGCCAUUUUUACACCUUACCGCGGCAAUCCAAACGGAGUGUGGUAGGCGUUCAAGGCCCGCAGGUGGACAUUCCCCCAGUGACAACACCAACCAAAGGCCCAAGCCCCCAAGGCCCAGGCCAAGGUGAAAAUGAUAUACCGUCCUCCCUUCCACCAUCAAACAGAUCGCCCACCAGGAUGUCAACCCAGAGUCCUGGCCAAGAUAGCACCACUGACAGCAGGUUCAGCAAAAGCAGUACCCUCACUGAUGAUGAGAUCGCCACCGUUGGCAAUACCCCUAGCACUGAUGAUGCUGUCACCGACAUCCCUAUUGAUGAAGGAAGCGAGAGUUCUUUUGAUUAUAGCCAUAUCAGUCCUGUAAUCCCAACCGUAUGCAGAGAGCCAGCCGAGGGUGCCCAAUACAAGGUUCGUUUGGUCUUCUCUCGUUUGCACAAUGUAGACUUAUUCAGCACCGAGGCAUUGUGGUCCAUGUGCAAUUUAUACACCACUCGUGUCUUGAUGAAUGCAACAGAUUUGCCACAGUACUACCAAGACUGUGAACCCUCAUCACUUGGAAGCUAUGCUGCUCUCAUUGGCGGAAAGGAGUCGUGUUUGUAUAUCGCAGAUGAAGACGUCGCCGAACUACGGUACCUGCUCCAGGAAUGUGCGCCGUUCUUCGUCAGCAAGGAGUUGACAUCGGACUGCGGUGGAAGCAGUUGUCCAGGUGUCCCUCCAAACUGCACUAUUGGGAAUGUGGUGUUCGAUACCUUCCAGUACCUCUUGCCCAUGAAUUCUGCAAGCCAAAUCGCUGAGGGAGAUUUCAAGUCUGUUCAACAUGCAUUGAUGGUGACACCGUUCCCCCGAUACAGCAGUGAGGGACAGGAUAUUUAUAAGAGUAACGUUAUGAGGCAUGACAUAAGUGAUGGUGUCACCAAGCUGUCUGCAGUUGGUGCAGGGUUUAAAUUUGACUUAUUUUCUGAUUUUCUUGUCUCUAAUUGCAUCUACCUGGUUAUCGGGAUUGGACUGAUUCUUUUGAUCGUGUGGCUGUACACAGGCUCGUUGUUUGUGACCUUAAUGACAAUCCUAGACAUGGUGAUGUCUUUGAUCUUUGCUUACUUCCUGUACACCGUUGUCUUCGGACUGCCUUUCUUUCCCUUCAUGAACGUCCUCGCGUUUGUCUUAAUCAUUGGCAUUGGUGCGGACGAUGCCUUCGUUUAUGUUGACAUAUGGAAGAAGAUGAGAGAGCGACAUGGUGGAGCACCUGAGAAGAGGGUGUUGGUCCUCCAAGAUACCUUGCACCAUGCAGCAGUAACCAUGUUUGUUACCAGCUUCACCACAUCUUCUGCCCUUUUCUCCAGUGUCAUCAGCUCCAUCACGGCCCUACGAUGCCUGGCAGUGUACGCAGGAUGCGCCAUACUCAUCAACUUUAUCUACACUGUAACUUGGCUCCCUGCAAUUGUCGUCAUAGAAGACAAGUACCUGCAGUUCCGGAUGUGUCGUGAGAGAAUAACACCGAUCACGUGCUACGUCAAGAUAAAGGAGAAGACAAAAGCUCUGACUGGGUGUGUCCGAUCAUUCUGGGAGACAAUGUUACCCUUGGUUGUAUUCAAGCUUAGGUACUUCUGGAUCAUUUUAUUCACGCUACUUGGGGUAGGUGGGGCUUGCUGUAUAUUUGUCAAGCCAAAGCUGCAGUUGCCUACCAAAAAUGACUUUCAAGUGUUCAUAUCAAGUGAUUUUAUGGAACAAUACGAUCAGAUAUAUAAAAAGGACUUCCUGUUCGAAAGGGGAGACAAGAGAGUGAUGCCUAUACUAUUUGUUUGGGGUGUAGUACCUGAUGAUAAUGGAAAUCCCUGGGACCCUGACGAUGAAGGGUUUAUAGUCUUUGACAGAUCAUUUAAUCUAUCCAGCAAGGACUCGCAACAAUGGCUAUUAAACUUUUGCCAUGAUAUCCGCAACCAGACAUUUUACUCUAAGGCGGACAAAGCGUCUGAUUUUUGUUUCAUUGAAAUACUGAAAUCUGCUAUGGAGACACCAUGUAACAACCCCGCUCUCCCAUUCAGCCCUUCCCCUUCAUGCUGCAACCAAACUAAAUUUCCCUACGACCCAGAGCUCUUUGACCACUGUGCACCAUUUUGGACUUCUAGUCUGCGCCAAUUAAGCGGUAGCGUUCGCUUUGGAGAAAAGACGAAGUUCAAAGUUCAAAGUUCGAUGAUGACUGGUUUACAAUUAUCUUUCACCAGCACGACCACUGAUACACUUGUGUAUGAAAACAUCAGUGAAUUCUGGUACCAAAUCGAUAACUGGGGUAAGGAAAAGAUGAAGAAUGCGCCUCCGGGCAUGGCUGGUGGCUGGUUUGGCAGUUACAGCAACAACCAGAUGUAUUUCUUUGAUCUCCAGGAAAGCCUAGCCAGAGGAACGAAGAUGUCCAUUGCAUUGUCCUUAGGAAUGGCCACGAUGGUUCUCUUAUUCACCACCAGAAAUCUACUCAUUACUCUAUUCGCCACCCUAUCUAUCGGCGGGACCGUCUUUGUGACCAUUGGUAGCUUGGUACUCUUGGGUUGGGAGCUGAAUAUACUGGAGUCCACCGUGAUGAGUCUUGCGGUAGGACUGUCUGUGGACUUCACCAUCCACUACGGAGUGGCUUAUGGUCUCGCCCCGCACAAGGACCGUGCCUCCCGCUCCACCUUCGCCAUGGUUCAACUCACUUCUGCAAUAACCACCGCGGCGCUCUCAACGUUCAUCGCAGGGGCUGUGAUGCUGCCCUCUGUCGUUCUUUGCUAUCAGCAGAUUGGCAUUUUUCUGACUCUUGUGAUGACUGUUAGCUGGUUCUACGCCAACUUCUUCUUCAUGCCCCUCUGCAGGGCCUUGGGUCCAGAAGGCAACUGCGCCAAGAUUCCAGUGCCUUCUUGUAGCUAUUGUUGUGCUUCAAACCAGACUUUAAGCGCCGACCAAAUGUGUUGCUGUUGUGCAAAUCGACAGGGUCAUAGCUUAUUAGAUGAAAGCCCAGCUGGGGACAUUGAUCUUGGUUUUGUAGCAGACACGUGACUUAGAGCUAACAUUCCAUACACCUCAUAUCUAGCUGAUCUUUUCUGUCAUACUCCCUAUAUCUGCAUGUAUAAUCCUUUUCCGAGGACGUAUUUCACAGUAAAAACACUGUUUAAAAGUUUUAUACGAUGCUGUUUAUCUGAUGAGUAGUUCAUCAGUAUCAAUACUUGUUUUUAACAGUUUAAACAAGUGCAUAAACCUUAAACAACAAAGUUUAAUUUUCAAUACUUAAUUCUCAAUAAAUAAACCAUGGUUGUUUAAAGUAUUAAACAACUGCUGUAAGGUUCAUAGUGAACAAGCGUUGUAUGAAAAUUUAAAAAAGUUUUUUUUUUUUCAAUGUGAAUUUUUAGUCAUGUGUGGAUGCAUUAGUGCAAUGAAGUACAUCAACUUAAAUCUGUACUUCGUUUUUUCUCAUUUCUGGCUCUCUUGACGUUGGGCGUUAAAGAAGGAAUGUGAUAUUUGUUGUUGAGCAUGAAAUGUUCGAUUACCAUAAUGUUAUGAUGGUCACAAUCCCAGUAAUUAUUUUCAAACAUGGUGAACAAAGUCAGCUACAAUGAGUCACCAAUAAAUACGAAAAAUCAGAGAAAUGCUAGAGGAUGUUCACAUAUUUUACAAAUGCAUUACCACAUCGGGACCAUGAAAUUUCAUGCGAUCAUAUUCUUACGGGACGUUCUUGAUGGGAAACACUUCAAAAUUAACCGUAAGGCAGAAUAUUUCAAAAUUUAUAUGGAUAUUUUAAAAACGUACAGUGAUAAUUCUUUAUUAGCAUAUAAUAGAGAAACGGGGAAAAAGGUAAGGCAUUUUCAAUUUUCCAAUUGAAAUCAGCCUUGUGCUGAUGUUUUCAUUUUCCAUGUACAGCUUUCAUUUUUGAUGUUCACAACUUAAUGAUAAUCAAUUUAGAAUGGAUAUUUGUUUGAUAUGCAGCGAAGGCUGAAUGAUCACCCUUUAUGAGAAAGUGAUCAAUUUUUUCUUAGUUUGGCGCAGUCACAUUUCCCCCAUAGCGGCCCUACGGCGAGUCGAAAACAGUCGUUUUAACAUUUUUUGUACCUGCUACAUAUAGGUGGUUUGAAUGAAAAUUCAUAAAAGGGGAAUUGUGACUGCAGAGUAAAAGGGCAGGUUUUUCCUGUCAGCUGUCUUUCAUUAAUAGUUAGGCGAGAAUGUUUGUAAGAAAUAUAAAUUCAGUACUACAAUCUUAUGUAUGUCUUAGAAUGUUUCAUCGUAACCAUUGCUAGCUCUAAGCGUUUAUUGCUGUUUGAUACAUGUUGCAAUACUUUUUUUCUAAUACAAAAAGUUACAGCUGAUCAAGAAUCUAUUUUUUGUAUUUUUUUAUUUUUGUAUCGUCUUAAUUCUCUUUGAGUAUUUUAUAAAAAAAUGUUGUUUAUUUAUGAAGAAAGAUAAGGCGCAGAAGUUCAUCUCGAGUUAUUUUUUUGUCAUUGUAGAUCAUUCUUUUCAAUGUGGGCAUUAGAUUUAAUAAUUUCAAUUUUUGCCCCUAUAGAUCUUUAUAGUUUUUGGUUGACAUUGAAUUCAAUAAAUGGAUCGUCUUUUUUUAGCCAUCAUGGACCAAUGCUUUAUGUGCGCAUUAAAUUCAAUACUGUAAUUUAAAUUGUAGUUUUUGCCAUUUUAUAGACCAAUGUUUUUAAUUGGGCAUUUAAUUCAAAUACUUUAAUUGUUUAUAUAGAUCAUUUGUUUUGAUACUCCACUUAGACCAAUGCCUUAAGUCCGCAUGGCAUUAAUUUCAAUAAUUUAGAAACCUGUGAUAUCGAUGUUUUUUUAUCAAACAAUGUAAUGGGUUGAUUGUCUUAUUCGAAUUCUGUAAUACUAAUUGUCUAGUCUAUGAAGCUCUCGCUAAGAUAUGUAUUUUACUAUUAUCACUACGCUAAGUACUCUUACAUCAGUGGCGGGCCCAGAAAUCAUUGUUUGAACUUUUCUACGAGGUCAAUUGUCUUGUCUUUAGAUCACCAAUUUUGGUUGAUUUGGUUUGCUUUUGACAUAGAAAUUUGUUACACGAGGUUUGAAAGUUCAGGAUUAUAUUGCAUUAUUUUCAGAUUUGCCCCAUUAUCUUUCAAAUCGCAUCUUGCCUCAUUCUGAGCACAGCAUUAUGUCAAGAGAAAAUAUAAUUCUCACCGAAGAUCAUGACGAGAAAAUAGAAUAUAUAUAGAAAAGAUUAAAGGAAAAAAUCUGAAAAUUUGUAUACAAAAUAGAAGCAAAGUUCGAUGGACCAAGUAAUAUCAGAUAAAGGGUUGCAAUCAGAAACCUCGAUGUCGAUUGUGUAAUUGGUUUCCAUGCAUCGUUCAAAACGUAAUACAUGUCCCCGGGAAGCGCGGGUGAUGGGCGUACGGUAUAAUUGGUGGUGAUUUGGUGGUGAUUUUUGCUUACCUGAUUGCUAAGAAAGCAUGAAUGCUUGUAAGCAAGCACACAGAGG